GACAACUAAAUUCUCAAUCACAAGAUGAAAUUCGUUAUUGUUUUCUCCGCUCUCUUCGCCGUUGCCAUGUGCGCUUCAGUGCCACAGGAUUCAGCUCACGCUGAAGUUAUCCGUUAUGACAACGACAACAUUGGAGUUGAAGGAUACCACUGGGCUCUUGAGACCAGCGAUGGCAAGUCUUUCAGCGAAGAAGGAUCUUUGGAGAACGUUGGCAAGGAAGAUGAAUCCCUUGUUGUUCGUGGACAAUACAGUUACGUCGGACCCGAUGGUGUCACUUACUUGGUCAACUACAUCGCCGACAAGAACGGUUUCCAACCACAAGGUGCUCAUUUGCCAGUUGGCCCACAAUAAACUGAUCUUGCCAUGACAACUAGGACAUAGUGCGUCGUUGAAAUGUAUUGAUUGAUCAUUCGUUAUCGAUAAUCGAUUGGUAUUUUUGACGAUUUAUUGAAUAGUUUUUAAUAAAACAAAACUGAAUUAAA